AUGCAUUUCGUGGUUUUCGAAAACACCACUCUGAAAACCGACGACUUGGCCAUCGAAUUCUUCGACUCCACUGUCAGACGUAACGAAGACGGUCGUUAUGUGGUUCGACUACCUUAUUUGGAAGACCCCAAAAGCUUGCCUACUCACAAAGAGCUAGCUUACUUCCGCCUCCAGUCAACUACGAGAAAAUUGGUGAAAAAUCCAGACCUUCUACGACGCUACAAUGCAGUCAUUUGUGACCAACUGCAGAAAAACUUCAUCGAAAUCGUCGACGACGAGGAAAUAGCUGAUGGUGAAAUCAUUCACUACAUUCCUCAUCAUUGCGUCACCAACGACAACAAAUCAACAAAGCUGAGAAUCGUGUACGACGGAAGUGCUCAAAAAAGCUCCACUUCCAAAUCAAUCAACAACAUGCUCCACAUCGGACCUCAGCUGAUGCCACAACUCGCAGGAGUUCUUCUGCGAGCAAGGAAGAACAAAAUCCUCGUGGUGUCCGACAUCGAAAAGGCUUUUCUCCAGCUUGAGCUCGACAUACGCGACCGAGACGCCACUCGAUUCCUCUGGACACCGCAUCCCGGAGACAAACCUCGAUGCUAUCGAUUCUGUCGAGUGCCAUUUGGUCUUCGAAGCAGUCCUUUCCUCCUGAAUGCUACAAUCAAGCGCCAUCUUCAGGAUCUCGAAGAUCCACUCGCUCAAGAAAUUCUUCGGAAUUGCUACGUCGAUAACAUCUUCUAUGGAAGUGACACCUGCAACGAUGGAGAAAUCUUCUACCGGAAAUCUAAAAAGAUUUUUCACGAUGCUGCAAUGAAUCUGUGUCAAUUUACUUCUAAUGAUGACACCCUCAACACCUUCUUCAUGAAUGCUGAAGCAAAGCCAAAGGAAAGCUGCAAUCAGAAGCUCCUGGGAAUUCAGUGGAAUACUGAACGUGACGAAAUUGCUGUGGUUCUACCUCAAGUUCAGCAAGGAUUACUCACGAAACGACGAGUGCUUCAACAAACGGCGUCAGUCUACGACCCUCUGGGACUGAUCACUCCAGUCGUCUUGGCCAGCAAGCUGUUUUUCCAACGUCUUUGGAAAACUUCAAAAAGCUGGGACACUUCUUUGACAUCUGAAGAAGCAUCGACUUGGAGUUCCAUCGUCGAACAAUGGCGAGGCCAAGCCAUUCAACUUCCUCGACGUUACUUCACUCAAAACUCGCUGUCCGAUCGAUUUGAGCUUCACGUCUUUUCUGACGCCUCGAAGGACGCCUUUGGAGCAGUGGCUUACCUUCUGAUGGUCUCCGAAGAUCAUCGAGAAACAUCAUUUGUGAUGUCCAAGUCUCGACUCGCCCCUCUGAAAAAGGUCUUGAGCAUUCCUCAACUAGAACUUCUCGGAGUCCAGACGGCGGCUCAACUUGCCACGUUUCUCACUGAUGAAAUCGAUCUUUCAAUUUCAAGAACGGUCAUAUGGACAGACCAGAGCUGUUCUCGGGGCGGCCCCGGUCGACCGAGGGCGCCCCGAUUUGCGGCGUGUUCGAGGGCGGCCGCGGUCGGCCUUUGGUAAGGGUCAACUCGGUCGACCCGUAGAUACAAAUUUUUUUUUUGACUCCCGGUUUUUUGCGAGUUAUAAGAAAGCGAAAGAAGUGCAAGUUUCACUGAAAUGAAAGUGAAACAAAAAAACAUUUUUAUCGAGCACACAAAGAAGAAAAACCGAGGAAAUGAGAUAUUAAUCCAAAAAAAUUCAAUAGUUUUUCUAAGUGGCCAGAACAGUUUACAGAACUAGAGAAAAACGAAAUAAUUAAUAAAAAAAUAAUUUGAAAUUUUCACAUCAUCAGGAAUUUCAUUUUUCGCAAAAAAAUUCAUUCAAACCACUAUUUGAAAUAUUAUUUUUUUAUUUACAACGAGAAAAACGAAAAAAAGAUUCGAAAAAAAGUGAAGUCAAAAAAAGCCCGAUUUCUAUCAAAAAAACAAUAAAAUUAAACUUUUCAUGGAUCAUAAAUAACUUAAACAUUCAUUUCCAAUAUGAAAAAAACGAAAUAAAAACAAAAAAAACGGAAAAAAAAAUCCUCGCGCUCGCUUCGGGGGCCUGAAUAAAAACCGCUUCGCGGGCCGGGGCGCUCAGGGGCGCGUCGCGGUCGGGUCGGGGCGGCCUCGGCCAGGGUCGCCCCGACUUGAGAACAGCUCUGGGACAGACUCCAAAUGCAGCUUGGACAUUCUCCAGUCACCAAAACCUUCGACAGUUUUCUUUCGAAAUCGUGUUUCGAAAAUCAAAGAACUUUGCGCCAACGUCGAUUUCCGGCAUAUCAAAGGCACUGACAAUCCAGCCGACCUUCUCACUCGCGGUUGCACUCCAGAAGAACUUCGCACUACUCGAUUGUGGUGGAACGGCCCAGAGUUUCUCCUUCUCGCAGACACACCACCGCAAACUCUCCAACCGACUGAACAAGUCGUGCUGCAGACGAUUGCGAACUUCUCAGAAGAUCCCGUCUUGGAUCCAACUCGGUUCAGUUCCUUUCACCGUUUGCUGCGUGUCGUCAUGACAGUGCUCUACUUUGGUACUGGUCGCAAAUUAGCUUUACAUGAACAUCGUCCAAAAGCACUCCUUCAAUUGCUACGACUUGCUCAACUCCUGGACCCUCCAGCCAACGACACCAUCGCUUCACUACGACUCUUCAAAAAAGAGAAUGUCUGGACGUUUACUGGAAGAAUCCAGCAAAAGCCUCUGCCCUUCUUGCCGAACGGUCACAUCGCGAAGCUCCUUGUUCAAUGGCUCCAUGAGAAGUAUCAUCAUUCCAGUCCUGUCUACACUCUGUCAAAAUUACGUGAGAUCGCGUGGAUCCCACGCAGUCGGCAGGUCGUCAAAAAUGCUUUGAAGUCUUGCUACGGCUGCCGUCGAGCAACGUUGAAACCGUUCUAUCAACCAGACUUCCCUCCGUUUCCGGAAAGCAGAACUACCAGCCGACCUCCCUUCGAAAACGCCGGCGUUGAUUACGCUGGACCGUUGAAAAUCUCCAACAAUGGCACCACUUCAUCUUGUUGGAUCAUUCUCUUCACAUGUCUUUCAACUCGCUUUGUUCACUGUGAAGCCGUGCUCGAUCUGUCUGCAGUGACGCUUUUGUUGUCUCUUCGUCGCCUGAGCGCACUCUUCGGCACCCCAAAAACGCUUUUGAGCGACAACGGUCGACAAUUCGUUCUACUCAACGAUGCUCUACGAGAAGCGGAACGACAAAAUCUGCCAUCUACAUUGAGCUCAAGCUCUUUCCCCAAAUUUCGCUUCAUUCCCGCCUUUUCUCCAUGGGCUGGAGGAGCGUACGAACGUCUCAUUGGCUUGGUCAAAACCUCCUUGCUGCGUGCUGGAACCAACCGAUCACUACUCAGUUACGAAGAAUUCAGAACACUUCUUUCUGAAGCAAGUUCAAUCAUCAACGAUCGACCUCUAACCUACACGUCAUCUGAAGACGACUUUGCGCCUCUACGACCAUCGCACAUGGUUCUACCGACAUGUCAUCGUGACGGCUUGCUCACUCUAUCCGAAGAAGCCAACUUCGACGAGUUGCCGCAAAAUCGAGAUCGACUACUCGAAACAUGGAUGCGAACUUCCUCCCUUACUGAAAACUACCAACGCCGCUGGAUUGUCGAAUAUCCUCAGGCUCUGCAAGAACGCAGAGACUUUGAACACCGCCAAGGCUCAACCUCGCUGCAAGAACCAAAAAUCGGCGAUGUGGUUCUCAUUCAAACGCCUACAAUAAAAAUGGGAGCCUGGCCACUUGGAAAAAUCGUGGAACUUUCUGGGCGAUCUGCAAAAGUUCUUCAAGGAAAAACACGACGCAUCAUAGAACGACCGCUAAAAAAUUUGUUUCCUUUGGAAUGUUCAGUCGCAGAACAGGACAGCAAUGCUGCUCCGCAAACCAGUCCGUCUACAACACGACUGCAUCAAGCAGGACAAACCAGCUCGACACGACCGACAACAAGAUCGAUGACGAUGAGCACAACUCUACUGCUCCUCGCGUUUGUCACUUUGGCAUCCGCGACUGACGUCACCCAAGGACCAAAACUGAUGGAAAAGCCCUCCAUAUGGAGUUCGCUCAAGAACACCAUUGAAAAAUCUGGCAUGAUCGUCGUGGUGCUCCUGAUCUUGAUGAUCAUUCAAGCACUAGCAACCACUUUCAAAGGAGCGCUCGUUCUACUGAAAUUUUUUUGGAUCUUCACUCGAGUUCCAAUUCUUCUUCUCCUACUGACUACAGAAAACAUCUGGAACAGACUUCGACGACGACGACAACCGAUGGCAGCUAUCCUUCCUCGUUACCGCAGACCCAUGCUUGCCAUCGCACUACUCGUCACAAUGCCACUGGUCGUGAACUCGACCUGUGGCGACAUUGCGUCCAUUACGGCAAAAGAAGCUCGAUGCGUUUCGGAACCUGGACAAACUCGGUGCUCCGUAACAACGAACGCUCUACUGUCGUUGACUCCUUCUGGAACCACUGCAUGCAUCAACAUCUCAACAGCCGAGGUCGCGGUUGGUCAACUAACCGUCCACGCUCAUCACAUCAAAUCUUCCUGCGUGAAGGUAUCCAGCUACUUCACUCGCGACUACAAACUUCUGACCGACUACUCCCAUCGAUGUCACUGGGCAGGCUCGUGUAGGACAACCGACUCCUGCAGCAGCAUAACGAUUGAUGAAAAGCUUCCCGAGUUGAGCAAUGAGGCGAAAAACUCACCAGGCUUCACACGUUGCGCUGCUGGCUGUGGCUGUAUCACCUGCUCAGGAUGUUUCAGCUGUUCUAACAGUUGUCUCUUCUUCCGAAACUACGCUAAGGCAACAUCUCCGUAUGUUUACGAAAUUUUUCAUUGUCCCCAGUGGACUUCGACAGUUGAGGUCACCGUCGCAAUGAAUGAAAAAAAGGUCAACGUUCUCCUUCGAGCCGGCAUAAAAGAACAUUUGGCUUUAUUCAACAUCUCGCUUACUGCGACUUCGUUUUCGUUGCCGCCUUCUCCCAUUCAUGCUGGCACAUUCAUUCAUCGAAUCAAGUCGCCUCACGUCGCAUUUUCGAUGACGCCUUCGUCGCUCCCGGGAGGACCUCAAGAAGGAACGAUAGGCGACCUCCAAUGUCGUACUCUUGAAGAAGCCGAAAAGUUCCAAUGCUUCUUUUCGGAAAGAGCAUGCAAUUGCCUGCCACAAGGAAAGGCAAUAAAUUGCCGUUGUACGGCCGUCUUGCUGGAAAAGUACAUGAAAAAGAAGCUGCCGAAACGAAUGGCAAAUUUUCUAAUGGAAAACGACGCACAAGGAAAUGUCUGGACAAAGACAAAAGCCCAAUCAGCCGUCCAAGUCCACGUAGAAAUGGAAAAUUCUACCUUUAUAAGAGUGAUACAAAAGGACAAAUGCUCGGCCAAGGUCAACGCCAUCGACGGAUGUUUCAACUGUUUUGACGGUGCCAAAAUACAACUUUCCUGCUCCUCGACGACGCGUGAACUCAAAACCGCCUACUUGAAUUGUGGUGAUUCAACGACUACAAUAUUUUGUGGUAACUCUAACGAAAACAUCAUUUACUUAAACCACAAUAAUCAAGAGUUAAAUAUUACUUGCAGUCUAGAUUGUGGUUUGAAAAAGUAAUUAUUGUUGGAACCCUUUCUUAUGAAGGAUUCGAUACCGACAUAGUUUUGAAUGAAUUCUCCUCAACAUUCUCCAAGGUUUUUAAUGAAAUCCCGAACCUAUUACAAUUAUCACUUUCAUUUUUAUGGAACUCUAUUUUUUCAUUAGGGAAACUUUUUAUAGUAAUCCUUCUCAUCUUUGUUAUUGUUCUCUUAUCUUAUAAGUAUUUUUAUUUUAAAUGCUUUCAUAUUCGCCACGUAAAACUAAUGUGAUCCUUCUCUCGCUCCUGGGAGUGUCGCGAAAGCGAUCUUUUUCUUUUCCCAAAAUUGUCAAAUUGUUCCCAUAAAAUAUUUAUUGUGUGGGUGGUUUUAAUAUCUUUCUGGGAAACGUGGGAGUUUUCGUUCUACAAAAGGGAAAGGGAAAAACUGUCUUUAUCUUUUUUGUUGUCUCGACUUUGUAUUGAAUAAAUUUGGCUUCUUCCUAGUUUGUCAAUUGGUUCUUUGACACAAGAUUUUUUUUUUCCAAUGUUGUACUUGGCUGUAAAAAUCACUGAAAGAACUUUUUGGUGGUUCGGCCCGGCUCAAAAAGCUCAAAUUUUCUUCAUGUCGAAUUUUUCGCUGUUUUAACGAGAAAAUCGGGGUUUUUGCUUAUUUUUCCUCAUUGAGUUAUUAAAAACUGUGAUUCAGCAUGUAAAAAUAAUUUUUCUGUGAGAAUUUUUCUCGAAUCUCUGGCUUGAACUCGCGCUUUUUUUUGAAAUUGAAAAUGAAGGCCUAAAGGCCGGGCUUUAGGCUUUCAUUUUUUUUUCAUUGCCAAGCCUGCCUGCCUUGCCGUAAACGCCCAAAAGGCAGAAACGACUUUUUGAAAAUCAGCGUGGCACGACGGUCAUCAUAUUAUAUAUAGGUAGGAAUAAUGACUGGAACGAAAAUAAGUUCGGGUCGGCGAGAACUAAUCCUACAAACUUUUGUCGCUGUAAUUAUUCCUCCACUCUGUAUUGUUUAAUGUUAUCAGAUCGGCAACAUCUGUAUAUUUUGAGAGCCCCUCACUUUUUUAGCAGAUUUUUGCGGCAGCUUUUGAGACCAAGCUUGAAAUCAGCUUGGUCUCAAAAGAGAGCAUCUCACUUUUUGCAAAACUACACCUGGUCUCAUUCCGAAGUGACCGCACAUCAUUCGCUGAUAAGAAAUAUUCUCCAUAAAAAUUUCAAAUAAUCAAAAAGCUGUUCAAUACAUCUUUAGCUGAAAGACUUCUUCAUGACAAAGAGAAAAGUGAGAUGAUUUAUGCGGACUUCAAUCUAGAAAAGAGCGGAAUCACCGUGCGCAUUUUCCUGAUGUUAGAAAGAGAGCGCAAUUUCCUGUACAAAAUUUGA